UUUUCCCCUUAGUUCAUAUUCGUUGGAACAGAAGUGUGAGAUUUCUAGUUGUGUUUGCGAGCAUCAUGCCAUUGAUAUUGUAACUGCAUUGUUUGUUCACAUCGUUGGAACUUAGUAGGCUGGAGUCUUGCCUAGGAACUGAGUGCCUAUCCGCUCGAUUCCUAGUAACGUCAGUAAAGCGCGCAAUGGGCAAGGCCGAGAGCUGGAGAAAAGUCGGCAACAAUUACCAGAAAUCAUAUGGGAUCCUACUCGCCCCAGGCAGCAAGACUGCACCACUUACAUUGCAACACAGGGAAUAGAGUGAUAAGGGGAAUCCCCGGCCGAAUCAACCCAAUUCGGGAUCGCGGCGAAACACGCCGAUCGGAUAAUCAUUGUGCAAAUGCGCAGUAUAUGUUGAAACGGCUGCAGGGGAGGCGAGAUGGGCCUCACUGGACUUUGAUGCGAUCUUUUGACAUUCUGCCCGCAGCUCCAGUUCGAUGGAGUUUAGCAUACGGAGGAUCUUCGGAGUAUGCGAGUGGCAGCAGGGCGUUUUCACCUCGUUGCUCGUUCACUUCGUGUUUCUACACUUCCUCGAGAACUCUGCUCUCACUUAUCAGCAAAAUGACCUUCGAGGAAGUUCUAAGCAAGAGGGAGGACCACCCCAUCAUUGUUAAUUCAAGACGAGUCCCCCCUCCUGCGAUUUCGACUGCAUUCCGAAGAUCCGACACCGUAUGCUAAGCUCCAUUGAACUGGAGCCGCGGGCAGAGUGCCAAAAAAGUUGCGUCAAAGCCCAAUCUCGACUCCCGCAGCCACUCCAACAGGCUAUGAGCCCAGAGCGGCUCACCUGGGAUGGCUCUAGUAUACUCUGGCGGUAUCGUGGCCAGCUACAUAUAGCGGAUGAUGAGGAAGCUUUCUCUUCCCGGGUCCAGCACCACAAUUCUCAUCACUCCAGUCACAA